ACGCGACCCUGUGGCUUAAUUACUGGUCUUAUUUCUAUCAUUCCGAACCUUAAGCCGUCGGUCGUCAUAUAUUUCGGAAUAAUUCAUCCACCAUGGCAGCCGUCGAGACUCGAAAAUGCAUUGGCGUCGAUUGCGCCAACAAUGCGGGGACCUUACAGUGUCCCACCUGCUUGAAGAUGGGCACCGACAGCUUCUUCUGUUCGCAGGACUGCUUCAAGCGUAGCUGGGGCUCCCACAAGGCAGUCCACAAAACCAAGACUACCGGCCAGUUCAAUCCAUUUCCUACGUUUCCUUUUACCGGAUCCCUGAGACCAGUUUAUCCUCUUUCACCGCGCCGAACCGUUCCCGAGUCCAUUCCGCACCCUGAUUAUGCCAAAGAUGGUAUCCCACGAUCCGAGCAGAAGUUUGUCGGCCGACAUAAUAUUACGAUCUUGAAUAAAGAAGAACAAGAAGGCAUGAGGAAAGUGUGCCGCUUGGCUAGAGAAGUUUUGGACAUCGCAGCAAGAGAACUAAAACCGGGUGUCACGACGGAUUACAUCGACGAGGUCGUCCACAAGGCAUGCCUUGAACGUCAAUCAUACCCCUCGCCUCUUAAUUAUGUACAUUUCCCGAAAUCCGUGUGCACAUCGGUGAACGAAACUAUUUGCCACGGUAUACCCGAUCAGCGACCUUUACAGGACGGCGAUAUCGUGAAUAUCGACGUGACCCUAUAUCACGGCGGAUUCCACGGCGAUUUGAACGAAACAUACUACGUUGGCGAUAAGGCGAAGGCCAAUCCGGAUGCUGUCAGAGUGGUUGAAACAGCUCGAGAAUGCCUGGAACAGUCCAUUAAGCUGGUUAAACCAGGCAUGCUGUUCCGAGACCCUGGAAAUGUCAUUGAGAAACACGCCAAGUCACGUAACUGUAGUGUUGUGAAGAGUUACUGUGGCCAUGGCAUUAAUCAACUAUUUCAUUGCGCACCGAAUAUUCCUCACUAUGCCAAGAACAAGACAGUCGGAGCAGCUAAGCCUGGGAUGUGUUUUACCAUUGAACCCAUGAUAAACAUUGGUACACACAAGGAUAAGACCUGGCCGGACGAUUGGACCAGUGUCACUGCGGAUGGUUCAUUGUCCGCACAGUUUGAACACACUCUUCUUGUCACUGAGGACGGCGUCGAGGUCUUGACAGCUCGUUUGCCCGAUUCCCCCGGUGGCCCUGUCCCAAUGCCAGAGUCUUCCCAGACUGUAGAAGCUACGGCCUGAUGAUAACGAUGGAAUUAUAUACUGUAUCUUGCAUGAUAGCGACCACGGUUGAUUUUGAUUGCAUAGCGCUUAGCAAAUAUCAAGAUUCCGUGUCUGAUACCCAUACACCAUGACCCUGCUACUUAAGUUGUAUGUAUGUAUACUUAUGUUCUAGAAAUAUGGACCAUCUUCGUUAUUUUGUCCAACCUUGGAAUUUGCAAUGAGAUUUCGCAG